AUGCCUACAAAAUCAAGUAAGAAAAUUCAAGGUCCAAGCCUUUAUAAAACAUUUAUCGAUGCUUAUAUGCAAGCUCGACCUAAUGAAAAACGAGCUGACAAACAUUAUAAUGCACAAGCUGAAUGGAAUGAAAUAAAAUGGAAUGAAGAAUAUGUUAAAGAGAAAAUUGAAGAAUAUUUAGAAAAAUAUAAUCAAUUUGAAACACCUUCAAAUCAAGGUCUUGAACGUUCAUCAUCACCUUCUUCUUCAACUCAACCAAAAACUAGUCGUUGUCGGCCAACAAGAAAAAAAACUAAAAUUGAUCAAUCAAAUGAUAUAAUAAAUGAAGAUGAUAAGAAUGAAAAUAAAACAGAUGAUGAACAAUCAAAUAGUAUUAAUAAUCUUGAUGAAGAUGAUCCAGACGAUGAUGACGAAGAUGAUGAUGACGAUGAUGAAGAAAAGAAAAAGAAAAAUAAGAAAAAAUCUUAUUAUAUUAGAAAACGUAAAACAAUUGAAGAAAUACUUGAGGAUCCAAAAGAAUUACCAACUGUAAAUAAUGUUUCAUUAGACCCAUUAACAAAACAAAAAAAACAACCAGCACAAGAACGUGCUUUUAAAGAAUUAAGUUCUAUAAAUGAACGUAUUGCUUCAUUAGUACAAGUUAGACAAAUGGGUUUAUCAACACCAGAAAAUAGAAAACAAUUAAAACAAUUAAUGAAAGAGAGAAAAAAAAAAGCUUAUGAAUUAAAACGUCUUCAAUCAAAACAAAAAGCUUCAAAUAAAUAUCGAAUUAAACGAAGAAAAAUUGUUGAACAUUUAUUUGAAACAAAACCUGAAUUACAUCCACAAUUAAAUAAACUUUAUCGUCGUGGUGCUGGUCGACCACGAAUUGAAGAACAAUGUCCUGAUCUAUUACAAAUUAUUGAAGAAAUUGCAAAAGUUGGCGGAGCAAGUGAUGAUCGAAGACGAUCAGAAACUAUUCGACCUUGUUUAACAUUAGACGAUUUAAGAGAAAAAAUUAAACAAAGAGGUUAUGAUAUUAAACGAACAACACUUUAUUAUCGGUAAAUUAAUAAAAUUUAUAUAUGAUAAACAUAUCUUUCAUUAAUUGUAUCAAAAGUUUUCGAAUAAUUUUAUUCAAUUUUUCUUUUGAUUUCAGAUACAUUCUUAUAGAAACAAAUUAGUCCCACUUUCAUCAUCGAUUCAACAGAAACUAAAAACAAAAGUUUUCAUAAAAAUCAAAACUUUGACUCGUUUCGAAUUGAAUAUCUAAUAAAGAGAUAUUAGUAUAACUAAAUUGAUUACGGUUUGGUAGAACAAUUAUUUCAAAGACAAUUAUAAUGUUUUUACCCACAAAUGAAAUAUAUGUAGGUUAAUAGAGAAAGAUUUCAUCUAUCUUAUGGUUUAUGUAUUAUCAAGUUUUAUUGUGUACUCUCGAAACGUCAAUAGAGGAUGCUACCUUUACCAUGACUACCAUAGUAUACGGCAGAGAUAGGGCUGGCUAUCCAUAUCUCAGGAGUAUGUAAUAGAACUUGAUAAUACAUAAAUCAUUAGAUAGAGGAUGUUUUCCUCUACUAGCCUACAUAGAUUUCGUUGCGGAGUCAAAAAAAUCACUGUGAUAUUUAUAUUUGUCUUCGUAAGCACCCCUCGACAAUUAUUUUAAAUUCUAUGAUGACGAAAUUUUUUGCUAAAUCGAUCGUAUCAUUGAAUCUUUUAUUCCUUUGACCUGAACAAAAACAAAAACCGAUACCGCCUCAUGUUUGCAAAUAUAAACAAUUAGAUACAGUCUUAUUCCGAACGCUUAAAAGUAAAUUUAAUAGCUUCUUAUUUGAAUAAAAAAAAGCCGACAGAGUAUAUUUAUAAACGAAAAGAAAAUUUUGUCUAGUGAAUGAAUUUUCAAUAUAGAAAAACAUGAUUUUUAAAGUCCUAAAAAGCAAAAGACUCUGGUAUCUUCCGUGGAAUAUAAGGAAUUUUCAGAGCAUUCUACUGAAAAAUAGAUCCGCAUAUGAACAAAAAUCUUCUCAGAUUGAAAGAUCAUUAUUAUUCGGUUUGUUCGUAUAUACUAUUCUCGAGGCAGAAAUUCUAGCUUUUUAUGUACAGAGUUCGAAAUCAAAAGCGUUUGCUUAGUUGAAAGCAUUCUCUUGUCAGACAAGUUUUCUCAUCCAUACUAUAAAAAACAACUGUAACCUUUGAAAAUUUAUAUCCGAAAUCCGAAUUUCAAAACAAAAUAUCAUUAACUCAGAUUAUUUUCUACUGAAAUUUGAAAAAUAUCGAUCUUUUUUCAUUCGUGAGGCAAUUCCUACGAAUUCAAAAAAAUCCGACCAAUAAAAUAAUAAAAAAUGAUUCUCAUACCAAUUUUUAAACUUUACUGCUAGGAAUUUUUGAAAAAACGUAUCUACAUUACACGAUGAAAGUUAACAGAAGAGAUUUCAUUGUUGACAGAUUUGUUCUUUAUGAGAUAUUGUUCGUUUUAUUAUCUGAUUUUGAUACUCAUUUGUUGAUUUUAUUAAAAUAAAUUGUAAUCAAUAUUCGAUUAAAAACUAGCUAAAUUUACGAUGGAACCUCGCCAACUGAUAUUUUCCGUUGGAGUUCAUAUUUUACUCAUAACUAGGGCUUAUAGUGUAGAUAAAACCUCUAAACGGAUUCUUCCCAUUAGUCCUUUCUUCUAGAGUUAUGAUCAUUUUACUGAAUUUCAUUCUGAAGUUUCGCCCAAAAAUAGAUCUCAUGGUCUUUAUAUAAUAUCCUGCAAAUUUUGAACCAAAAUGAAUAGUUUAUUCUCGAUAAUCGGCCAUCUAUUUUGGCUGAAACUUUCAAGAUAUGAUAAGGGCUAUGAAAUCUAGAGUGUGGGAAAAAUUUCAGAUUGAAAUUCAAUAAAAUAAUCAUAAUUCGAGAAGAAAGACCUAAUGAGAAUAAUCUUUUUCAAGUUUUAUCAAUACUUUGAGCUCUAAUUAUGAACACAAAGGAAAGGUAUCGAUUGACGAGACUUGCUCGUUAACGAAUGAACAAAAUAUCAUGUAUUGCAGCGUCCUGACAAACUACACGGGGGACGUCCUUGUUGGAACGGUUAUGUCAUUAGGAUUCAGACAGACAUUGCAAUCUGUAUAAUAUUUGAAUUCACCUCAGCUCUACAUUUAUGCAAAUUCGAUUAGAAAAUAGGUCUGUUCAGUAUUGUCGUGUUACAACCAUUCUAUUUAGAUAUAAAAUUCAAUAACAAAAAAACUACAGACAUACAUGGUGAAUAUUUAAGAAAAAAAUAAUAGAGCUAGGGAACUCUUCAUCGUUAGAGAAGAAAGUGAAAUAUUAUCUUAUAUAAUAUGAAAAUAAAUUUUUAUUUAUGUGUUAAAAAGAUUAAAAAAAAACAAGGAAAGUAAUUUUUUAAUAAAAUCUACCAUGAACAAAGAAUUGAGUAGCUGCACGAUCACUAAUUUCAUAUUAUGAACAAUGAUUUUUAUGAUACCAAAAUAAACAAAAAUAUUUAACUUUCUUCAUUAAUGACAACAAUUUGUUUAUCUCUAUCUCAUAAAAUAAGAGUAUACUAAAAUAUAGAUUGAGCACAGUAAAAUAUAGGAAAUAGAAAAAUGAAAAAUAAAUUAUUCAGUGAAACAAAGAAGUCUAAUUACAAAGACUUGUAACAAGAAUUGUUAGGUAGUUUCUUUUAUUUCAUUGCGUUUUUUAUCUAAAUUUAGAAAACACUGACACUCUAGUUUAUAUAACAUAUCCUUUGAAUACGUAGACCUAAAAGGAAAUCUACAUGAGUAAUUAGCCUCAGACAGCCUGCAUGGUGAAGAACAUUCUUUCGUCUUGAACCGAUUUGCUUUUAUUAUUUUAUUCUAAGGAUGCUCAUUCAUAUGAUUUUCAUGCGUUCAGCACAUGAGUUGCUUUAAAUAUGCACCUAACUCAUGCAAAUACUCAACACUUUGUUUUAAGAAAUAUUGUAGCAAUAUGAAUAUGUAGAUAAAAAAUUUAUUAGACUU